AGUCACGCUCUUGAUGUUUCUUAACGCAUGCUUAGAAAGCAUUUGCGUGCAAACGAUUGAGUUUUUGUGGGGUUUUACAUUUAGACUAGCUUUCGUCUACUCGUGCACAUUACAAAGGGCAGCCUGUACAGUUCCACAGUUGCCGUGAUCACAUCUUACAGCCCAGAAGUUCUUCGUGCUGUCUGCAAUUAAAUGCGCAAUAAUUAAGGGCGCCUGGAAUAAAGUCUAAAUCUUAAGAUGUCUAACCUGAGGGUACAACCUUGGAUGCUUCUAAGAAGACCAAUAAUGACAAAGCUGUGCCUUAGAACCAUCAGAUCUGAGAGAGGUAGUCAGGUUUCAAGUUUGUUUCCAGCCCGCUCUUGGCUGGUUUCUGGUCAAACUAUGCAGCACUUUGUCAAGGCCAUCAAAUCAAACGCAGAUAUCAUURUCCUUGAUCUGGAAGAUUCCACUGUCCAAGAAAUGAAAUCCAAAAUGUUGCAGUCAUACUUAAGGGCGCUGCGACAAGGGUUGUUCAAAGGACGUAAGGUGUUCAUACGACUGUGCGAUCUUGAAAACAGCAAUGACCUACUCAAACAGGUGAAAAAUUUGACAAUACCAGAAGUAUACGGCUUUAUUCUGCCUAAACUACAAGAUCGCUAUUGUCUAAAUGAAUAUGACGGCUURGUCAAAAGCGCAGAAGAAAAAAACAAUCUACCCGUUGGGGCAAUUAGAUUCGCUCCAAUAAUUGAMACACUACAGUCCUACUUCAACGCAGAGAGCAUAACGAAUGGGUGUGGUAGAAACGUUGCAAUCAUCACAGGAACUACUGAUUUUAGAGCUGAAGCUUACUGCGUGGAAAAGUCUACAACUUUGGAAUUGUUCCUUGGCCAAGUGGUUUUGUUAUCGAGAGCUGCACAAGUUCUACCGAUAGCCGGUGUAUGUGACAAAAUCGAUGAUCAUGUUAGAGCAGAAGGGUUUUAUCGGAAGAUGAAGGCCAGUGGUUUUUCCGCAAUGGUAAAUAACACAGAGUACGAUCUCGGUGACGUGGUCUACGAAGAGUAUCCCUCCCACACCAACAUCAACAAGGUCAAUCCUGGAGACCAGAUUGGGACGAUCACUUUGGUGAAGUCCGUUCGUCAACUGGAAGGCAAUUGUGACUUGGAGGAGAUCACACUCAAACACGUUGGAAUCAAAAAUGUGGAUCUUGACUAUCUAGUUAACUCGGAGAAUAAUUACUGGGAUGUUUUCGAUGAUAAGCUGGAAAAGCCCAAGCAUUACGAAGAGUUUUGCUCAGAAAAGUGUCCGCUUUUAUUUCAUAAGAUCGCUUGCCAAGCAGUACGAAAGAUAAUCCGUGUGAAACCCGAGGCUUAUGUACAGUAAUGGUAUUGCUUAGGA